UUACACGCUGGUGUUUUUUUCUACUUUUUAUGGGAGGCACGGUGCUGUAGUUUGUUCAGUCUUGACAGAAGAGCAGCUGUAUGUCUCGACAAGUUUUGUGUCGCUUUCCCAAUUCUGUGUCCUUGAGCGGCAAAUAAGAUUAAGGUACACCAUUCUAAUACUGGGUAGGAUCCCAUCUCCUGUCAGAACAGACUGAAUUCUUAAGUCCCCUUUACUAUGAGGUAGAAUAUGGAGAGGGAUGUGAGAGAGAGUGGUCGAAGAGGAAGAGGAGGCGGAAAACGACGUGGUAAUCGUGACGGAGAGGACAGAGAUGUUCGCCUCUCCAAGUCUCUGUCCUACGCUCUGCGCCACGGGGCAGCUCAGAUGGGGCUAAACAUGACCUCUGGUGGAUUUGUGAUGGUGGAUGACAUAUUGUCGCACCAUCAGUUCCGUGGCUUCUCAUUGGAGGACAUAGAGAAAGUGGUGGCCAGUAAUGACAAGCAGCGCUUUAAGCUUUCCCGGCAUCCAGAUAAUGGAAAGCUACAGAUCCGGGCCAAUCAGGGUCACUCUCUGCAGGUUGCAGACCUAGACCUUCGGGAGGUUCGGCCGGAUGCUCCAGACUGUCCCAGGGAAGCAGUCCAUGGCUCGUAUCUCCAGCACUGGCCUUCCAUUCGUACUCAGGGCUUGGACCGAAUGGCACGGACCCACAUCCAUCUGGCACCCGGGUUGCCAGGGGCAGAGGAAGUCAUCAGUGGCAUGCGGCCCAACUGCACAUUGGCAGUUUACAUUGAUGUCCCCAAGGCACUGGCAGAUGGCGUCCGGUUCUUCUGGUCAUCCAAUGGGGUCCUACUGACGCCUGGCAAUGCAGAAGGGAAGCUGCCUUCCCUGUAUUUCACCCGUGCUGUCAGGCUGAAACCUACAAGUUGUGAACUUCCACUGGUGUAGGUAGAAGACGCGAGCGUGGCUAUGAGCGUGCAUGAACGCAGCAGGCACUGCACUGGAUCCCCGCAGCAACUGGAGAAUUGCAGUGGAAAGUGAAGAAUAACUUCCUGCAAAGCUUUGGCUAAUGUGUCCACGUGGGUCUUUAAAGUGAUGAGGGUUACCGCUCCAUUCUUUGCACAAGUAUUUCUUAGUUGAAGAAAAAUUAAGGAAUGAACUUGAAAUUGCCCAAGACAAAGGAUGAAAAAUUUUUAAAAAUGAAGCGUCAAUAAAAAAUGAGUUUUCCACACCGUCCUGUUAUGGAAAAUGCUAAGCUAAUAAACCUUGAAUAACUGGUGGACAAAAUGA